AGGUAAAAACGACAAAUGGCUGCUUCUAAGCCCGCCUACAAAGUCGCUGAUAUCGGUCUUGCCGAGUUUGGUCGCAAGGAGAUCAUCAUUGCUGAGAAUGAGAUGCCCGGAUUGAUGGCUAUGCGAAAAAAGUGUGGACCAUCAAAACCGCUGAAGGGCGCUCGUAUCGCAGGAUGUCUUCACAUGACCAUCCAAACCGCCGUUCUCAUUGAGACAUUAGUUGAACUUGGAGCUGAGGUGCAAUGGUCAUCGUGCAAUAUUUUCUCCACACAAGACCACGCUGCUGCAGCUAUCGCAGCCACUGGAGUUCCUGUGUACGCAUGGAAAGGUGAAACCGACGAGGAGUAUGAAUGGUGCAUUGAGCAGACUCUGAUCUUCAAAGACGGCCAGCCACUCAACAUGAUCCUUGACGAUGGAGGUGACCUCACCAAUAUGGUCCACCGUAAAUACCCUCAAUACAUCCCUGGAAUCCGUGGACUCUCGGAAGAAACCACUACUGGAGUCCACAAUCUUGCUAAAAUGCUCGAGAAAGGAGAAUUGAAGAUUCCCGCAAUCAACGUGAACGAUUCCGUCACCAAAUCUAAGUUUGAUAAUCUGUACGGUAUCCGUGAGUCACUCCCUGACGGAAUCAAACGUGCCACUGAUGUUAUGCUCGCCGGAAAGGUUUCUGUUGUCUGUGGAUAUGGAGAUGUUGGAAAGGGUGCUGCUGCUUCUUUGAGAGCUUUCGGCUCGCGAGUCAUCAUCACCGAGAUUGAUCCUAUCAUCGCUCUGCAAGCAGCCAUGGAGGGUUACGAAGUUACCACUCUUGAAGAAGCCGCUCCCAAAGCUAACAUCGUUGUCACCACCACCGGAUGCAAAGAUAUCGUUCGAGGACCUCAUAUGGAACUUCUGCCCAACGAUUCCAUUGUGUGCAAUGUAGGACACUUUGACUGCGAAAUCGAUGUAAAGUGGCUGAAUGAGAAUGCCGUUAGUAAGGAAAACAUCAAACCUCAGGUUGACCGGUAUUUGUUGAAAAACGGCCGUCACAUCAUCCUGCUCGCUGAAGGGCGACUUGUGAACCUCGGAUGCGCCACUGGUCACCCAUCAUUUGUGAUGUCGAACUCGUUCACCAACCAAGUGCUCGCCCAAAUCGACCUUUUCACAAAAUACGGCACUCCGGACGAGUACAAAAUCGGACUCUAUAUGCUGCCAAAGAAACUGGAUGAAGAAGUCGCAGCUCUCCAUCUUGCAAAUCUUGGUGUCAAACUUACCGUACUCACUGACGAACAGGCCGCCUACCUUGGCAUCAACAAAAAUGGACCUUUCAAACCUGACCAUUAUAGGUACUAAGCUGUGCUUUGCAUUUUUGACAGUAUCUCCUCCAAUUCUUGCUUUUCUUGUCAGUUUCGUCAUUGUUAUGUUUGAUAUAUACUGCUGAUUGUGAUAAGUGUGACCAGUGUUUUCGCAUUCGUUGUUAUGGUCUUCCCUGUUGUCGGCGGUUUUCAUCAAUUUCGGCUUGUUUCAUGAGAGAGAUAUCUACGAUAAUAAUAAAAAUGUGCCUUACGUGCUAGC